AUGGCAAGGCUCCUUCAGAAGAAAAAGGGUUUGGUAUGUCACACCCCUUCAGACACAGCUGGGUGCUGCUUCAAACCCAGGUGCUGCUUCAAACCGAGCUGCUGCUUCAAACCCAGGUGCUGCUUCAAACCGAGCUGCUGCUUCAAACCCAGGUGCUGCUUCAAACCCAGGUGCUGCUUCAAACCCGGGUGCUGCUUCAAACCCGGGUGCUGCUUCAAACCGAGCUGCUGCUUCAAACCGAGCUGCUGCUUCAAACCCGGGUGCUGCUUCAAACCCGGGUGCUGCUUCAAACCGAGCUGCUGCUUCAAACCCGGGUGCUGCUUCAAACUGAGCUGCUGCUUCAAACCCGGGUGCUGCUUCAAACCGAGCUGCUGCUUCAAACCGAGCUGCUGCUUCAAACCCGGGUGCUGCUUCAAACUGAGCUGCUGCUUCAAACCCGGGUGCUGCUUCAAACCGAGCUGCUGCUUCAAACCGAGCUGCUGCUUCAAACCCGGGUGCUGCUUCAAACCCGGGUGCUGCUUCAAACCGAGCUGCUGCUUCAAACCCGGGUGGUGCUUCAAACCCGGGUGCUGCUUCAAACCCAGGUGCUGCUUCAAACCCAGGUGCUGCUUCAAACCGAGCUGCUGCUUCAAACCCGGGUGGUGCUUCAAACCCGGGUGCUGCUUCAAACCGAGCUGCUGCUUCAAACAGAGCUGCUGCUUCAAACCCAGGUGCUGCUUCAAACCGAGCUGCUGCUUCAAACCGAGCUGCUGCUUCAAACCCGGGUGCUGCUUCAAACCCGGGUGCUGCUUCAAACCGAGCUGCUGCUUCAAACCCGGGUGGUGCUUCAAACCCGGGUGCUGCUUCAAACCGAGCUGCUGCUUCAAACCCGGGUGCUGCUUCAAACCCGGGUGCUGCUUCAAACCGAGCUGCUGCUUCAAACCCGGGUGCUGCUUCAAACCCAGGUGCUGCUUCAAACCGAGCUGCUGCUUCAAACCCGGGUGCUGCUUCAAACCCAGGUGCUGCUUCAAACCCAGGUGCUGCUUCAAACCCGGGUGCUGCUUCAAACCCGGGUGCUGCUUCAAACCCAGGUGCUGCUUCAAACCCAGGUGCUGCUUCAAACCGAGCUGCUGCUUCAAACCCGGGUGCUGCUUCAAACCCAGGUGCUGCUUCAAACCGAGCUGCUGCUUCAAACCCAGGUGCUGCUUCAAACCGAGCUGCUGCUUCAAACCCGGGUGCUGCUUCAAACCCAGGUGCUGCUUCAAACCGAGCUGCUGCUUCAAACCCGGGUGCUGCUUCAAACCAAGCUGCUGCUUCAAACCCGGGUGCUGCUUCAAGCCCAGGUGCUGCUUCAAAUCGAGCUGCUGCUUCAAACCCAGGUGCUGCUUCAAACCAAGCUGCUGCUUCAAACCCGGGUGCUGCUUCAAACUGCGCUUUUGGGAUGUCUUAUUAAUGGAUUGGUUUCUUUGA